CCGGGCCGGGCCGGGGGUGUCGGAUGUCACCCCCAGCGCACACCUCGGCCCGGGGACGGAGGAGCGAACCACUGAGAUGCGGAGACCUCCCCGGUCCUAGAGCGGAGCAGGAAGUGUCCCAGGGGAGGGAGCCGGAGGGCUUCGGCCUUUCCUUUCCUCCGCGUCCGGCGGGCUCCAGAGGCAGCCAGGCCUGCACGGCGCGCCAACUGGGACGCGGCGCGGCGGCGUCUCCAUUUGCUCCUACUUCUUCCCUCCUAAGCGGAGCCCUGGUUUUCUGGAUGAGCAGGAGACGGGGUCUCGGCUAGCCAGGAACAGUCUGGCCCUUGCAGAGAACCCGCCUCAGGAAGGACACCCGGGAGACCGCGCUGGAAGGAUGAGGAGCUGCUGCCUAAGUCUUCCGCCGCAGCAGGAGGGAUUUGAGUCAGACGCUGGGAAGGAGUUCCAGGCUGUGAGCUCAUUUUGUAAAGGUCUCAAGGACAAGGACGGUGACUUCGGCUCCAAAGCCUCAAGGUAGCGGCCUUCUCAUCUUGUCCGUAUCAGGUCCUUUCCAGGAGGACCUGGCCACUGAAGGGUCGUCUUCUGCUGCUGACCCCCAUCAAAUCCCAUCAUGCCCACAGCCCUGUGCCCCCGAGUAUUGGCUCCGAAGGAAAGUGAGGAGCCCAGGAAAAUGAGGAGCCCACCAGGAGAGAACCCUAGCCCCCAGGGUGAGCUUCCCAACCCUGAGUCCUCCCGCCGCCUCUUCCGACGUUUCUGCUACCAGGAGGCGGCGGGCCCCCAGGAGGCCCUGCACCGCCUCUGGGACUUGUGCCGGGGCUGGCUGAGGCCUGAAAGGCAUACCAAGGAGCAGAUCCUGGAGCUGCUGGUGCUGGAGCAGUUCCUGGCUAUCCUGCCCCUGGAGAUCCAGGGCUGGGUGCGGGCCCAGGAACCUGAGAGUGGCGAUCAGGCUGUGGCUGCUGUGGAGGCACUGGAACGAGAGCCAGGCAGACCCUGGCAAUGGCUCAAGCACUGUGAAGAUCCCGUGGUGAUUGAUGAUGGGGACAGCCCUCCAGACCAGGAGCAGGAACGGCUGCCAGCAGAACCCCAGAGUGACCUUGCAAAGAGCCUGGACACCCAGCCCAUGGCCCUGGCUCAGGGCCCUGGGCUUCCCAGCAGACUCUCGGGACAGCUCAGCGGGGACCCAGUUCUGCAGGAUACUUCUCUUCUUCAGGAAGCAAGUUUGAGGGAUGCACAGCAGGUGACUGCCCUCCAGCUGCCCCCGAACCGGGUUUCUCCUUUCAAGGAUAUGAUCUUCUGCUUCUCAGAAGAGGACUGGUCCCUUCUAGACCCUGCCCAGACUGGCUUCUAUGGAGAGUUCAUCAUUGGGGAGGACUGUGGGGUCUCACUGCCUCCAAAUGACCCAGCUGCCCAGAUGGAUCUCUCCCAGGGAGAGGAGAAUGAGCCACGUGUUCCGGAGUUGCAGGAUCUCCAGGGGAAGGACAUAUCCCAGGUCUCCUACUUGGACUUUCCAAGCCUCGAGCCAUUCCAGGUAGAAGAAAGAAGAAAACGAGAUGAACUGCAGGUACCAGAGUUCCAGACCUGCCAGCAGACAACCCUCCCUCAAAGCACCUGCUCAGCUGGAGGUGAUGCACCAUUUGCCGAGAACAGCCUGGACGAGGAGGUGACCAUCGAGAUUGUUCUAUCCAGCUCUGGGGACGAGGACUCCCAGCUCGGCCCCUACUGCACAGAUGAGCCGCAGAGCCCCACGGAGAAGCAGCACAGCCUCCCCACCUCCCACCGGAGUGGCAUGGAGGCAGGGAGUGAGAUGCAGACCUCCAAAAAGUCAUAUGUGUGCCCGAACUGUGGCAAAAUCUUCCGCUGGAGGGUCAACUUCAUCCGGCACCUGCGGAGUCGCAGGGAGCAGGAGAAGCCACACGAGUGCUCAGUGUGUGGGGAGCUAUUCAGUGACAGCGAGGACCUAGAUGGGCACCUUGAGGCCCACGAGGCCCAGAAACCUUUUAGAUGUGGUGCAUGUGGGAAGAGCUUCCGCCUCAACUCCCACCUGCUCUCCCAUAGGCGGAUACACUUACAGCCAGACAGACUUGAGAUAGUGAAGAGGAGAGAGCAGGUGGCAUCGGGGACCGUGGGCGGGGACUCUGAUGAGCUGCUGGCAAAGAACAAGGCCAAGCUGCCCUACCAGUGCUGUGAAUGCGGGAAGGUGUUCCAGCGGCACGACCACCUAGCCCGGCACCUCAGCAACACUCACAUGGACAAGCCCCGGCCCUUUCAGUGCCGGUACUGCGUCAAAAGAUUCUCCCAGAACUCUGACCUCCUCCGCCAUGAGCGCCUGCACAUGAAGCGCCGGUCCAAGCAGGCUCUGAACUCCUACUGAGUCAGGGGAGCAUACAGCAGGUGCAGCCCCAGCCUGGGUAGAGUACAUUCCACUCACACUUGGUACUGACUGGUUCCAGACUCCUCCCCAGGACUGAGACCACAUCCUCCUGCCCUUCACUCUCAGGUAGAAAUGAGGUAGUGGCCUGUUGAGCAUUUGUUCUGUCUUUGGAGGGUGUGUCACCACCAGCUUUGACUUAAAGAACCCCUUCUAGUGCUUUCCAGGCGCUGGAGGGACUGGGAUGCCCCCUACUGUGGUGACCCCUUGGUGGGGUGUCUCUUCUUGCCAACCGACUUUUAAUACACUCCUAUCCUGGGGUCUGAAGACCACUGCACUUCCUUUCUGACAGCAAGAAGCUGCAGAUGAGGUGAUGGGCUAGGAGGAAGGCAGUAGGCGAGGAGGUCCAUGGGCACAAGGGCAGCAAGGACCAGCACACCAAGCUGUGUCAUAUCAGAAGUCUGAGUCCCGGUCACCAUCUGGUCCAUAAGAACCCGUGGAAACUAUGGCCCUUUCAAGGCUUGGAAGCUUUGGUAGGGAGCUUUAUAGCUUCUGGCCAAUUGGAAACUGUUGUACCUUUCAUUUGUUAUGGUGGCUAGUUAUGAGGGAUUGUGAGCUCAUUUAAGGCAAAGCCCACAUUUUAAAUUGUUUGUUGGCACACACUCCCCAAAGUGUCCUUUUUUUAUACCCUGAAAAAUCUUGGUAUAUAUUUGUGGGGUAGAAGCAAAGUCAUCAUCAUUUGAAAGACACUUAAGUUUCUCUUCCCAUUUUGUCAUAUCUAGGUGAUCAUUUCCCAAUGAAUGAAGGGUUCUUUUGUGUGGGUGAGCUGAGCAGAGAAAACAGAACCUUUGAUGAAGUCAUGCUCUACAUACAUAUUAACUUGGUGUGCCAGUUGUCUUAGUUCAUUAGGGCUGCUGUAACAGUACCAAAAACUGGGUGGCUUAGAACAACAGAAAUUCAUUGUUUCAGUUCUGGAGGCCAAAGACCAAGAUCAGGGUGUCAGCAGGGUUGGUUUCUUGAGAAGGAAGUUCUGUUCCUUGCCACUCCUUUAGCUUCUGGUGGUUGCUGGUAAUCAUUCAUGUUUUCUUGUCAAAGCAUCUCCUCAUCUCUGCCUUCAUCUUCACAUGGUGUUCCUGUGUAUGUGUCUGUCUCCAGAUUUCCCCUUUUUAUAAAGAUACCCAGUCAUAUUGGAUUAGGGCCUACCCUACACUUCCAGUAUGUUCCCAUCUUAACUAAUUGUAUUUGCAAUGACUCUCAUUCCAAAUAUGUUCACAUUCUAAGGUACUGGGGUUAGGACUUCAAUAUGAAUUUUGGGAGUUUCAGCCCACAAUACCAGAUAACCCUGAGGUGCUGUCAUUCCUGAUUUACAGAGGAGUCAAUACAAACUUGAAUUAACUUACUAUCAAUUCCAUUGCAAGCAGGAUUGAGAUCCUAGCUUCCGCUCCCAGGAUGGGUGUUGUCUGCAUAGUUGCCUUGAAAGUUUAUAGCCUGGAGUUCUGAACUAGGAGUUACCACUGGUAAUGGAACCUCAAGCAGUGAAAACCAUGGUAUUGUUCUUGAAAGACUGGCAGUGUUGGCUAGGCUCAAUGAAAAGAAAGCACAGAGACUGGAGUAUCAGUGGCUGAAUUAGAAGGCUAGCCACCAGGCAUGUGUUUUAUAUUUGUAUGUCAAGUCCCAUUAGCAGGCAGUAAGGCUGGGCAAAUGAAUGCAAGGCCCUUUGCUCCUUAUCACCCACUGCAUUUUCACCUCGAGACACUGCUGUCACAAACUCAAAAGAGUUCAGUGUUUUAUAAUUAUGAUUACUGUGUAGAUGCAUCUAUAUAUCCAGGAACAGUAAAUGCAAUAAAAUCAUUUGGUCAUACCCUGAACAAGAAAUAAACUGUCGGGGCUUUUCGUUUCUAAAUACCUUGUUUCUAAAUCUUGGAUUGAUUAGCCAGGAAAGGGAAAAGUAGGAAUCUUGAAGGCCAAGGGAGGGGAAAAUUCCAAAGAGAAGCCAGAUUCUGUUUAUCCCACCCAUCUGUGCAAUUUUGCCCAAAGAUUACAUUAAGAGGAGGGGAAGUUAUGAAUCCACCCACUUCAGGCAUUUGUCUAAAAGAGGACAAAUGUACUCAGUGUAUUUUACCUGUAAAAUCAGAUCAUAAGUGAGAAGGACAAAGGGAAUGUAAUAAAUGAAACCUAUGAGGGGGCUAUGCAAAUACUGUGAGGGAGUCCCCAUUCACUGACAAACCUGACCAAGUUACUUAGCUAAUCAGGUCACCUUAUGCCUGGAUUCAGAAACCCUACUGGGUCAUGUACCUCAAAUCCUGGAUUCUUCCCAUACAGAAGAAGCCAAUGGGGGUUACCUUCACUUGGAGAAAAUUCCAGAAGACAGGAGAGCUCACCCACUUGGUCCCUUCUCACCCUCCCUGGGUGACUGGGCAGACAGGCCAGCUAUGUCUCUACCUUGCCAUGGACUUCAGAGACCCCAUAUCCGAUAAACAUCUGUCCUCCUUGUCCCUCUGAUCCGUUGGAAUUGUUUCCAUAAAUUCACAGGUGCAUAAUAAAGAUUGGACUUGCUAAAUUAA